UACGCUUGUGUCGUUGCAUCGCCGUGACGUCACACGCUGAGGCCUAGUCCCCGCUGCAUGUCUCUCUAUCGCGGCUUCGCUCCGUGAGGGGAGGGACAGGGAUUUCUCACCGUUACCAACAAACACUUUGAGCCGCAAUAGCCUCCUGAAUAUGAUUGGACGCUUACCCGCCGGACCACGUUUUCGGUCGCAGGUUUCGUGACGUCUAAAAGGAGCGACCGCCAGAAUUCACCAUCGCAGUGAAAAAUAGGCAAAUCUUCGCAAUAAAUUCUUCAAAAUCAGCAAGGAAUAUUGGACCGUGCCUGCUGGACAGCUUCCAUUGGCAGGCCUGGUUGUGUGUGGUUCGUUUGGCAAUGCCUCUCCCCUUGGCACUGCAAACCCGCCUGGCAAAGCGAGGGAUUCUCAAGCACGUGGAGCCAGAACCCGAUGAGGAGAUUAUCGCUGAGGAUUACGAUGAUGACCAUGUGGAUUAUGAAGCCACCCGUCUGGAGAAGCUCCCGCCGAACUGGUACAAGGUCUUCGAGCCCAGCAGUGGCCUUCCCUAUUACUGGAAUAUUGAAUCGGAUUUAGUCUCGUGGCUCUCACCCACUGAUGCAGCAGCUGUCAUUACCAAGCCAGCCAGCAAGUUCAAAGACACAGACGACCUGUCGGAGAGGUUUGACCGCGGGGAUCGGGACGAACUGAAGGAGAAGUGGAUCCCCCGGCGAGACGAGGGUCACCGAUACCCCAAAGGGAGGAAAGUGAGAGAUCGGAAAGAUGACAGUAUGGAUCCCAUGGACCCCAGUGCUUACUCCGAUGCUCCGCGGUGAGUAGCU